CACACACACCACCUCACAUUGGUUUCAUGGGAUUUGGGCCCCGGAUGUCCCUCCCACCCAAUAUUUUUGUUUAAAUAUUUGUUUACUUCAUGCUCCCAUUAUUUCCAAAGGCUUCCAGGCCAAACUGUGCUCUGCCUGUUAAGCAAAGAGAGAGGGAGGAAAAGAGAGGCAAGCUGACUGAGAGAACAGAGCCUCCACACAGGGGGUCAGGAAAGGAGCUCCCCAUUGCGCUUGACCGAGAGACUUCCUGUGGUUCAUUGGGAACAUUAAGUAAGAAAUGGGAGCCUGCAGGAAAAGGAAACCUCCAACGGACGGGAAGGAGGAGGCUGUUUUCCUGAGGAGGAAGAUCACCCUCAUGCAGGCCAUUGCGUUGGCAGUAGGCACCAUGGUGGGCAGUGGUAUCUUCAUUUCCCCCAAAGGGGUGUUACAAAACUCUGGCAAUGUGGGCGUCUCGCUGCUUGUGUGGCUGGCUUGUGGGAUCCUCUCUCUGUUUGGCGCUCUGUCCUAUGCUGACCUUGGAACAAGCAUCACAAAAUCGGGGGGACAUUACAUUUACCUUUUUGAGACGCUUGGGCCGCUGCCAGCCUUCCUCAGAUUAUGGUCUGAAUUUGUUAUGAUCCGUCCUGCAAAUAUGGCGGUGGUGUCGUUGGCAUUUGGUCGAUACCUCAUUGAACCUUUCUUUGCCCCAUGUCACGUCCCUGCCCUCGCUGUGAAAUUGAUCACUACAACAGGAAUCACCCUUGUAAUAGCCCUGAACUGUUGGAGCGUUAGCUGGUCUGCCAACAUACAGACGGUGCUCACGGCUCUCAAGAUGGUCACCAUUGGUCUGAUUAUCGUUCCCGGGAUGAUGGCGCUUGGCAACGGUCACUAUGAAAAUUUCCAGGAUAGUUUUGACACAAGUUCGCUGACAUUCGACAAACUGCCUCUCGCUUUUUACUCCGGGAUGUUUGCCUAUGGAGGGUGGUUCUAUGUAAACUUUGUAACGGAAGAAAUAGUAAAUCCUAAAAGGAAUAUCCCACUAGCUGUUAUGGUCUCCUUAGCCGUGGUUACAGUAUGCUACAUCCUUACCAAUGUGUCUUACUAUGCAGUCCUGACACCGCUAGAAAUUCUCAAUUCCGACGCAGUGGCUGUGAGUUUUGCUGAUAAAGUUUUCAAGAGCCUUUCCUCUGUGAUUCCAAUCCUUGUAGCUCUAUCCUGUCUUGGUGCUUUGAAUGGAGGAAUCUUUGCUUCAUCAAGGAUGCCGUUUGCAGCAGCACGGGAAGGACAGUGGCCAGCUCUCUUUUCAAUGAUCCACCUUCAAAGGCACACUCCUCUCCCAGCCCUGAUAUUAAUGUUGCCAUUGAUCUACUUGAUGGUAUCCAUUGGUGACCUCUAUGGACUGUUGAACUUCUAUAGCUUCUCACGCUGGUUCUUCAUUGGCCUUGCUACUUUGGGGCUCAUAGUACAGCGUUAUCGGCACCCAGAAAUUCCAAGACCCUUUAAGGUGCCACUGUUUUUCCCACUAGUAUUCACAACAGCCUGUUUCUUCAUUGUGGGGACAUCCCUGUAUUCCGAUCCCGUGAACACCAGUAUAGGUUGCGCUGUAACUCUGUCCGGGCUGCCUGUCUACUAUCUGGUGGUUCAAAAAACUAGGAUACCAGGCUGCUGCACUUCCAAGUUCAACGCCUUGACUGUGAAACUGCAGAUCCUGAUGAAAGUGGCUCUCCAGGAUGUCCAGACUUAUUGAAGGAGUUGUGCGUCUGAGCAAAGAAUGUACAGGCCUCGAGGGAGCUCCUCACACUCCCAACAGUGAGGAACACAUCUCCAGUCCUUUUAAGCAACAGGGAGAGGAGUGUGAUAAGCCCUCAUCUCCCUUCCAAUUAGCCAGAGCG